CUAAAUAUAAAUAAAUGUCAAAUAAGGAAAAUUCUUGGAUUUAAAGGAAAUCGAUACGAAAUGCGAAUUUUGAAUUUCCUUCAAGUUAAUGUCAUGUAAAUAGUAGCCUCAAUGUAGGCUACAAAUAUCAUAAAAGCGACGAGUUUCUCUCAAUGACUGAUUGAAGGAGUUUAUUGAGGAGAAUAUUUUCUAAAAAAUGUUUUCCGGUGGUAUAAGUGACCGUCCUCUGGAAUUUACCAGAGCAAAGAUAAUGUCGAAGAGCUCACUAGAAGAUAAAGAUGAUACAGCUCAGAGUCCCCCCGAAAAAAAAGAUUUCAGAAAGAGAUCCAGGGAUAGAAGGGAUACAGACAAGUCGAGAGAAGAUUCAGAUUCUAAUAUGUCCAAUUCCCAAGAUGUAAUCCCUCUUGCUAACAGCACUAUUUGGAGUAGCAUGAUGGGGCUAAAUUAUCCAAUGAUGAAUAUGAUAAUGGAUCCUAGUCUCAUAUCAAUGGGUAACUACAGUAUGAUGCCAUCAAUAAUGAGUUCAGAUUCUACGGUGGUACAGCCAGAUAAUGGUGUAGUAUUGAAUCCUGUCAAAGAGAUAAUACAUUGCAAAUCAUGCACUCUGUUUCCACCAAAUCCUAAUGCGCCUCUUCCUUCUACAAGAGAGAGACCACCUGGAUGUAAAACAGUAUUUGUUGGGGGAUUGCCUGAAAAUAUCACAGAGGAAAUUAUAAUGGAAGUUUUUGAUAGAUGUGGAGAAAUUACUACUUUAAGGCUCAGUAAGAAAAAUUUCUGCCACAUCAGGUUUAUGUACGAGGCCUGUAUUGAUGCAGCUAUUUAUUUGUCAGGAUUUAGAAUUAGAAUUGGAUCCAAUUCUGAUCCAGCAAAUACAGGUAGACUGCAUGUUGACUAUGCUCAAGCUAGAGACGACCAAUAUGAGUGGGAAUGUAAACAGAGACAACUGCAAAGGGAGCAAAGACAUCGAGAACGUAUGGAAGAAGAAAGAUUGAGACCACCUUCUCCCCCUCCUGUUGUACAUUACACGGAUCAUGAGGCGGCCUCAGUUGCGGAGAAGAUCAAACAGGAUGAAACGUUCACAAAAGCUGUUCAGAUUGUUGUUACUUGGCUAGAAAGGGGAGAUUGCAAUAAGAGGAAUUCAAAUAAUUUUUACUCAAUGAUACAGUCGACAAAUUCUCAUGUCAGAAGAUUACUCAGUGAGAAAUGUCAGUAUGAGGAUGAACUGAAAAAAGCCAAAGAAAUCAUGAAGGGGCGUAUGCAAGGGAUAUUACUACAAUUCAGUCAAAUUGAAAGAUUGUUCGUGGCUGCCUGUCACAAGAAGGUUUGGGACCAUUUCACGAAAGCUCAGAGAAAGAACAUCGAGAUGUGGAAAAAACAAUCAAUGGAAAUUAAAAAUGUCCAGUUGGAUGAAAUACGUAACGAGAAGGCGGAUGACGAGAUGGAUGUUUCGGAUGAAGAUGAACCCACAAAAAAAAAGAUUAGAAGUGAAAAUUCCAACAAUGAAUUGAAUGCUUUAAAAGAGGAAAACGAGAGUUUGAAAUGCCAAAUGGAAGCUUAUAAGAAUGAGGUGGAAGUAUUGAAAAUAGAUUACAAAAAGGAAUUCGAAGAGAAAGAAAAGCAAUUCAAAGUUCUGCAGCAGACACUUAUUGGUAUGCAGCAGCAGCUCAGCGAGACGAAAAAGAAACACACUGAAGAAGAAUUGAAAACGAAAGAACUUCAGGCGAAAUUGAAAGCUAAAGUUUCAAAAAAUACGAGUACGUCAGAUAAAGAGAUAAUAGAUCUGGAUCCUGAGCCAGAGCAACAAGAUGCGAGUUCAAAUGCCAUAAAUGAGUUGAACAUCUCUAGUACAAGUUCUUUAGAAGAAUGUGAUAUUAAACUUAUAGGAAUAAUAUCAACAUUUUUGAAUGUCCACCCGUUUGGCGCUGGUUUGGAUUAUAUUUGGUCUUAUGUUAGCAAGUUUGGAAAUACAAUGAGGCCAUCUGAUAUAGAGUUAUUAAUGAGUCGCUAUCCUAGUGUUUUUAAACAGAAAGUCAUGGGAGUUGGCGCCAAUAUUGAACGAAAAUGGUUUUUUAAUGGCUUCUCAAGUGCAGACUAGAUGUUUUGUUGUUGUUAAGAAGAGUAUAGUAAAUUUUUUCGAAGUUAUAUUUAUUUAUUUACAUAAUACAUUAUGUAUGUUGUGAAUGAACAGUGUUAAGUUGUGCAAAAAGUAAAAUUAAUUAGGAAAUCCAA